UGUCCGAUAUCUAAUCGUGGGUAUUUUCUAUUUUCGCCAUGAAGUUCAGACCCACUACUAGAAGACACCGGGGUGGUUUAAUGACUGUGUUGUGGAAAUUUGAUACCCAGAUCUUGAAUUGUAUUCCUAGAUUCUAAUCUGAGCUCUUCAUUUUCUGUUUUUGCUGUAACAUUCACACGCUUCUAGUGGAUAUCAACGUCUGAGUCAUGUCCACAUUGAGUAUGUGAAAUCUUGGCGUUUUUCGUUUUGGGGAUAAACUCACAGAAGGGUAGAUGGCUUAUCCACCUGACCAUGAAUUCUACACUAAAGGUGUUUUGAGGUUGGUGUUGGUUUUGGCGGGUUUGAGUUUGGCUGGCUACAUAGUUGGGCCGUCGUGGUACUGGCGUUUGGAGGGGAAUUCAACUACCCAAGCUCCAUGCCCUUUAUGUGUUUGCAAUUGUUCCUCUGAGGAUUUCCUGCCCGUACAUUUAGAAAUCAUCAGCAGUUCAUUGGCAGACUGUGGUAAAAAUGAUCCCGAUAUGAAGGAGGAAAUGAAGAAGGAUUUUGUAGCUUUAUUGUCAGAGGAGCUAAAUUUACGGAAAGCUGUUGCCAAUGAUACCAUAGAACACAGCAAAACAUCAGUGAGAGAUGCUAGGAAAACCUUUUCACACUAUCGACGGGAGGCACAAAAGUGCAGUGCUGGAGUGGAAACUUGCGAGGAAGCCAGGCAGAGGGCUGAAAGAGAACUUGCAGAGGAGGUUAAGCUUUCGGCAUUGUGGGAGAAACGAGCUCGUGAACAUGGGUGAUAGAAUAGUAGAAGAAUAUACAUCAUGAAUCUAGUUAUUAUGUUUUUCUCUUAUGCUAAUGUUAGGUUUUAGAUUGUGACGUAGCUUCUACAACUAAUGCUUAGAGGUCUCUCUUGUGAAUAUAGAUUAUACCUAACAUUACCUUUGA